AUGUCUUCUAUUCUCUAUGUUAUCAUCUACCUAUUGUCUCUUAGUGUAUUAGUUGACAUCAACGCUCAGACAUGCAAAGAUGCCGUUCAAUACGAACAAUGUUCAUCGAACAUUGGAUGUGGCUGCCUUCCAUUGAUAAAUACAGACAAUAGUAGUAUCUGUGCUUUUCUUCAUAUAAAAUGUUCUGAAUUGAGUUCGUGUGCCAACAAUAACCGAACAUGCUACAAACCUGAUCAUUUAUGUGUGAAACAUUCACGGUGUCAUAGUGCUCCACUGUGCUAUCCAGCGGACAUGACCAUUCAAGCUUUGUGUCCACCAUCGACAACAAUAGUUUCACCGCCAGUGGUGCCCGAUGAUGGCAUUUGUGCGAAUGCGACUUGGGACCCAAAUGGAGUGACUGUAGCUGGAGGCAAUGGAGAGGGGUCCGAGUUGAAUCAACUUCGGUAUCCUUGGGGAUUCUUUGUGGAUGACGAUGCUGCCGUUUAUGUUGCUGACACUUGGAACUUCAGAGUGAUUGUAUGGGCGUUGACUUAUUCUCAUAUGUCAUGUCGUCAAUUAUUUCGGCACUGA